AAUGAGUCUGCGGUCGAGACAAAAGAGAUGCUCCCGAGCUACUUCGGCAUCAUGGAAACACCUCAAGGGUAGCAUCCCAUGCAACGUUCGAUUCGAUCUCGGCAUCUAUCUAAUGCUCCACAAGCUUAAGCGCGUCCUUUCGGGGAUCUUGUGUGGACUGCACGACAACACCAAGGUCCUUACAAUCCCAAUGCGGCAGGCGCCAUCCAUUCGUCCACGCUUGUUGCCGCAGAACGACCGCGAGCGCCACGCACGACACGAUGCGCACACCUUGGUACUGUGGAGCGACUGCGCGCAUGGCCAAGUACGCUGCAGCGCCUGUGAACGCAAUCGGCGCGUACGUGUCGGCGUACGGGUGCAGGAUGCGCACCGGUCGGUUGAGGAGUGUGUCUCGAGUCAUUCCACCAAAUGUGGAUGUCAUCAUUCCGCAGAGAGCGGAAACGAGGAGCGGGGCUUGAGCCCGAAUGCCGUUCAUAGCGCCAAUCACUGCAAACGCGCCGACUCCGAUGGCAUCUCCCCAGUCCAUCAGGGUGCCUUCGCCACCGUCAGCAGCCUUGAGCGUCAAACCAGUCCCGGGCGCGACCUCUUCCCCGGCAGGGAGCUGGCCCCACAAGUAAAACGCCCCGGCGGCCGCGGCACCGCUGAACACCAAGUACUCCCAUUCUUCGAUCCAAAAUGGUUGCUUGUUCAGCACCAACGCGUCACGCAGAGUACCGCCGCCUACCGCCGUGAUCGUGCCAACAAGUGUGCACCCCAGCAGGUCACAUCCCGCCGUUGCAGCAGUCAACGACCCACUGACGGCAAACACGACACUGCCGAACCAAUCCAAGGAGCGCAGACAUCCCGUCGACGUUGUCAAACCUGGCCAACGUGGCAGACCUUCCCGUGGGCUCAACGCAUCAAUCGAAGCAGCGGCAGCAGCUGGCGUUUGUGGCGGGACGGAAGCGCCCGUGGUGGAGACAGGUUGCACGCGGCGACCAGAAAACGUCAACGGCACUCGCUUGGCACUAAUGCGAAAGGAUGCGAUGGAGCUGGCGGCUAGCCGCUUGGCCACAAACAUGACCACCACGACAAGUCUCCAAUCAAGUCUGCACCGCAACACCGAG